CUUUCAGUGCAUGCGGCGCGGAUGACGAGAUUUUCCGAGUCAUGCUGGAGACAGUUCCGCCACAGCUCUCAUUGCCGUUUGUGCGUAUUUAUUGCAGAUGAUUUCUGUUGUCUUUUUUAGUAAGCCAGGGGAUACUUGGAAGGGUCUGCGCUUCCUUACUUUGUGUUUCGUGCGCUGCUCCUGCCAGUGGCAACCUUCGGGUGGCCCGCCUAACUUCUGCCCACCCCGACUUUCGAGGUUCUUCUCCGCUCGAGUCGAGCUCCUCUUAUCCCUGAGCAGUUUCCGUUUGUUUCGCCUGUGACGUCGUUUCUGCCUUCCUCGGCAGAUCGUGUACCCUGCCUCCAGUGGUCGCCCUGUGGCGUUAGCUCAGCAUCCUCUCCUGCGUCGGCCCGGUUCUCCGAAUUCCCCGUCCGAACUGUCUGUCACUUUUCGUGACUCUCCAUACAGAAAGGGGCACGACACCUUCCACCAACGUUUCAGCUGUUCCUUUUCUCCCGUACGAAUGCAGAUACAGACGCCGUCACGACACAAUGCUGUCAGGUAUGGGGUCGGUGCCCCUCUCUGACACUCCGUUAAGUGGCCGUCAACUUUUAGAGUUCUCCGCAUUCUCCGAAGCCUCGUUGCAGAAGCGACAUUCUGUGUCCAUAGCACUCCUCCCACUUUCCGUGUGUGACUAGUUAGUUUACCCCCCGCUGUGUCUCAUUUCCCGCGAAACCGGGCUCGGAACCGCGUGUGCUGUCGUUUUUCGCGGACCGUCCGCUCUUUCUGGUCGUUCCUCGGUGUCUACGCGGAGUUUAUGUAAAUACACUGGAUUUUUCGAGGAAGGAGGCAGCUAUUCCAAAGCAGGAAAAACACGGAACGCCCUCAAACGAUGGCGUUCUGAAGCUACACAACGAACCGGGAGUUCACUGUCUGCACUUCCUCUGCCCGGCCGGUUGUCGUCGCACCAAGGUGGUCAGACGACAGAAACAACAAGUUUUUUUCUAGGUGGAUGCUCUUUAGCAAUGAAGUGCACGGCUGCUGAGUGUCGUCGGGGGUCGGUGUGCCUUCGCGGGUUUCGUCCGGCUUCCCACGAUCUGGUACCUCUGUCUCGCUUUUCCUCAGUUCCUCCUCCUCCACUUUUCCCCUGCGACCUGCAAGAAGUGCCGUGUCGUUCCUACGCCUUCUCUGCCAGUGCCGUGCACGCCUCAACCCCGCCGGGUGUGGAGCUCUCUGAGCUAGCUGAGGAGGAUGCCGGUGCACGUAUGCUAGCUGGCGAACCACGAGAGGAGGCGGCGAUGCGCGGUUCGUCGCUCGGCGAGACAUCCGAGAACCCGGUUCCAGGUGAAACCCCCGAUUUGGGAGGCGCCACAGGUCAACAGAGCGACUCCGGAAAGCACGCAAGUGAGAACGCAGCGCUUCCAGGACCAGAAAACGGCGAAGCAGCCCUCGCGGCCGAUGUCCUCGACGAUGCAAAUGGGCCUUUGGACGCGAAUGAUUUGAGGACACAAGCCGAAUCCGCCACUGCGGAUCAAUUCCAGACGUCGGGAGGCUCGGGUCUCGUCUCUCCGCCGAGUCGGUCUUCGCUUCGCAAGAAGUUUGCUGAGCGUUUGCACUCGCGUCAUCGGAAGCAGGAGGAGGCUCGGCCCGCGAUUUCUCCGAUCUAUGGCUCAUCCCCAGUGUCCGAGGUCGGAGACGAGACAACUCAGCAGACGGGGACGCGGCCUUCGUCGAUGAUCGCGUCGAGUUUCCGAGAGGCGAGAGAACUGAAGGGGCCCCGAAGCGGAAUCCCCAGGAGCAACCCGACCUGUCAGUCACGCUACGCGAGCGGCGAAUCUUCGCUGACAACUCGAGUCGGAGGUGCGAGCAUCGUAGCCGGCUCGGGACCCUCUGAGUCCCGAAACGUGUCGGCUGACAGUGGGUGGCGGUCGAUGUCACGCUGGAACAAGUGGAGCCGGAAGCUCGCGUCCCAUGCAGAAGACGAGCCGAUGCCAGCUUGCCGUGGGGUUCAGUCUCGCGAGCAGUCUGACCCAGAAGCCGUGACAGCGAAGCCCCAGCGAAUCGGGAGACCAGACUGCUGCUGGAUCGCUCCGAAGCCUCUUCCAGAGAUCCCAGGCGUGUCGACUGGUCCCGUCUACACAGUCGCUUCCGGCGCGCUGACGCUGAAGCCAGCGCCGGUGAAAAGAAGACCCUCGUCAAGUCUCGCGAGUGGGGACUCUUCCUCGCUGGCCAGCGGCAUUGAGGAGGCGCCCUUGAAAGAGAGCUUCGCGCGUGCAGGACCAGGCCGGGAAGCCCCGAUGCCGAUCGGGUCGCGGACUGCGUCCGCCCCCGAGCUUUGCGGCUUCUCCUCACGGCCGACGCUCCUCGGCCGCGUGGAGAACACGGGCUGGGUGCGGCGGAUCACAAAGCGAGGAUUCAAAAUCCAACGGGAGACCGUACAGGGCCGCAAGAUGCCCUCCGUCCCGGAACUUGGCCGGUGCGCGAACUGGGAAAGCAGCAAAGACGACGACCAGUUCGAGGAAUGGGAGGAGGCCCGAGAAGAAGAGGCGCGAAUGGCCCGGGCGAAGACUGGAGCAAUACGCAGACCGCCGCACUACACCUUCACGACGGCGUACACGACGCAGCGAAGAGGACGGAAGAUCCGCGGACCUUUUGAGACCCCGACGAAACUCCGAGAAGUCAAGGGCCACCAAAUUUACCCGUCGCGCAUUCCAACGUUUGGUGUCAGUACACCGACGCCUACGCUCUUUCGAACGCGCUCGCCGUCUCCAGACGCAAGGACGAACAAUGGAACCUGGAAGUCGCUGCGAACACAGAUGACGGCUAUUAGCUUGAUUGGGGCAGCUGCGACGGACACAUCCAGCCCGGACGACACGACCCCGGACGAAUUUGAAGAGGUGACAUGCUCGGAAGACGAGGUAGAGCGCAACUCGAGCACGUCUGCAAGUGGCGGAAGGGAAGGCUCUUCCGUGACGCUCAGCCUGGGAGGAAAACUGACGAAGCGGUUGUCGAUGUUGAGCAAGUCGGGCUCGGCGGUUACGUUAGAAAAAGCCGAAUCCUCGGUGGUGGUGCAUGGGGAGAAGACAGAGAACGCGCACACCGAGCCAGUGCAUGCGUUGCUGAGAAGCGACGGCAGCGGAGUGGCUGAGCAUCUCUCAGAAGGUCCGAUAAGAGAGCUGACGAACUCUCCCUCUACGCAGGCCUAUCGCCGGGCGUUUUCCGCGAAGAAGAGGUGGGUCAAGCGACCCAAGGUGUACACAGAGGAGGAAGAGAAGCAGCGCACCGAAAGGCGGCGACGGCGCGAGGAGAGGCGCGCGUGCCCCUAUUUUAUCCCCGCCGUCCCCGGAACUUACCCGGUGGCGAGAGCGCUCCUGGAGUCUCUUUUCCUGUGUCGAGAGCGUCUGUGUCUCGAGCAAAGUCGGCUGGCGCUGCUGGACGAGUUUCAGGUCCGAGAACUGAUGUUCUGGCACGUUAUUUCUCAGAGGAAGGUGCACCUCUUCUCGGGUCUCACCCUCGAUUGCGAGGGAUACCAGAUCCAGUUUCUUCAAGGGAUAGAGACUCAGCUGAUGGCCGCGAACGACCAAGACGCGCAGUCGCCCGACACCGCGAAUGUGCGAACUCGCGAAUUCGUUGACUUGAUUAAGAUGUCCUAUGCCCGGACCUGGCCCUGGGAGAAUCACGUCGAGGAAGAGGUCGCGCGGUGUCUGCGCGAAGCCGAAAAAAAGCGAAGGACGGAACUUCACCAACAGGGCGCGAAACGCGAGAAGGCCUGCCUCAAGCCUGAGGACGCCUCAGUCCUUACCCACGAUGAGAGGCACGAGUGCGAAGACGCGUGUCGGGGGAGGCUGCGCCGCGAGCAAGAAGAAGAAGAUUCGGUCUCGCUCACGGCUUGGUUCACACAGCCUGCUGAGACGGGAUCGUUCACAAUGGAGGACGAGUCUGAACUGGCGACCUCCUCGGCUUUCUUCUCAGAGGCACAGUUUUCGCAAGGUCGGCAGAGCCAUCGCAAUCUGUUUGUCGAGACAGGGAGGGCCUUGGGACGUAUCAUCUGGGGGCCACUGCCCUCGCCGUCGCAAGGCUUUGACGAGCGGACUCUCUGGUUGACGGCGGAGACAGAAAGCGCCUUCCCCGUCUCGCCCUCAAUAACCUCUUCGAGUUCUGCGUUUCCGAGCUGCGUGAGUCCCCACGACGGAGGCGACUUGGCCUUCUCGUCGUCGCGGCACGGCUCGAGCGCGGCACAUGUAGACAGCGCCUCCACGCUCCACCGAGACACAGCUUGGACUUCUUCCGGGGACUCGUCGGCUGCGCGCUUGGCUCUAAAGAAGGCGCAGAAACAGGAGAGGCGCGAACUGCGGAAGUUGAUGCAGAUGUGUGGUUCGCUGGUCGGGGAAGACUCUCUGGAGGGGACGGGGGAGAACCAGGCAGUGGACGGAGCCAGUGGUCUCCAGAAGCCGCUAGGCAGAGCGGAAAGCCGCAGGCGUCGGCGUCUCCGACGAAGGCAGCGACGCGCAGCACGUGCGGCAAAGACGUCACAGGCGCAAGGCGAGGCGGCUCACACUCUCAAGAAUUCCGCGCUUGCUAGCAGCUCCGCAGCUUCCGUAAUUGACGAGCCGCAAAUGUCCGAGUCGAGGAGACGCAGCCAGAGUGAUACAGAGAACAAGGGCGACACAGAGAUGGGUGUUGCCGGUCACCGAGCCUGGGAGAAAUGGCCGGAUGACGCCGACAGUGAAGACAUCGAAGACCUGAAUCGCUGCUUGAAGGAGGUGUUGCAGAAGCUUUUCCGCGAACAGCGUCGGCUUCUACGGAAGCAAAGCGAGAGGAUCAAAAACUCGGGCUCAGGGCCUCAGGACUCGCGACGCGUGUCGGAGAGCGGCGCCGAAGACUCCGAAGGCGACACCGGGAUGGCGAGCGUCCAGGACGAGAUUUGCAGGCGGAAGCGGGAACUGGGACGCAGCGAAGAGGAACGGAAACGAGCGGGUCUUGUUUAUAGGGUGGCUUCGCCCCUCCAGCCUCUCCUCUUGCUGCAGGACUCGAACUUCUGGUUCGACAUGAGGGAACUCGCGGAAGAGUGGAGGCUUAGUCAGCGCGCGCCCCUCUUCCAGAUUGUGAAGAAAAUUGUUAAUCGGUUGGUACAGUCUGCGCAGAAACGUGCAGAGCGGAAGAGAAGGAGAGAGAACCGGGUCCUUGCCGCCGCCCUCUUGGCCCACACAGACCUUCCUUUCCCCGAAUCAACUCUGCGACUCGCCCCGCGCUUCUUCUUCUUGGGGAGACCCGCUGCGGAGAUUAUCGUCAUCCUCUCGUCCCUCUGUGUGAGGCGGCAAGCAAUGUUCAAUAGCGAGCGCCUGAAGAACUUGAUGAGCUGCAAGGGCGUCAUCUACUAUAUCGUCGACGCCAAUAAUGCCGUCGCAGAUGACAAGUCGCCAGACAUGAGAUUGCUUCGCCGAUGGAAGAGGCAGCGGAUUCUGCGCAAUGCGCCUCACACACACCACGGAGGAAUUCUCAUUCCCCAGGUGUUGGUCGACGGUCAGUCGAUCGGCUCUUACGGCGAGGUGCAGCAACUGGAGGACGAUGGCUUGCUGACCGCCAUUUUCUGCCGCUGUCGAUGCCCAACGUGCCUGCAACCGCGGCACGUGGACGACGAGCUCUGUCGAUGGUGUAAUCUUCAGUUCCGAGAGUUGUUGUCCGUCAAGCGACAUGACGAGGGAGAGCUGAAAGAAAUGUACCGGGGCCAUCCGACGCGUGCGAUUCCUCUUUUGAGAUCUUGUUUCGACCAAUCAAUCAGUUGGAUUCUUUACCCCAACUUUUGCUCUUUAUGUGGGGCUGAGCGACGACCGGAUCAGCCGUGGUGCCCACAAUGCCACAUGACAACUAGGGACAUCGCGUUAGCAAGGUGUCUUGGCAUUGGCAUUUAUCGGGACGAGCAGUGUCGCAAAUGCGGCAACUCUGCUGGCGAUGCCUUAGACUGCUUGGAACGGCUGCCUCCACAAGCGAAUCCCAAGUUUUCUGAGCCACCUUUGACGAGUUACCUGACCAGCAAAGCGUCUCCACUUUGCCCCCAUUGUGGGGAGUUGCUGACCUACUUUAUGCCGGUCAACGAGAAAAUCGCUGAAGAGCGGCGCGAGUUCGGCAGGUCGUGUACGCACCGGAGAAGAAAGGCUCCGUGCGAGUUGCUAAAUGACGCAGACAAUGUCAACAAGCAGGCAGAAGACACCAUGAGCAAGCAAGAGCAAGAAAAUAUCAACAAAAAUGAGGAAGUGGUUCCUAACAAGGAGACCGAAGACGCUGUCAACAAGAUAGAGGACGGCACUGUGAAAAACCGGACAUAUGACCUUGUCAGCGAGAAAGCACAAAAGACUGCCAAAGCGGCAAGCGGUUCUGCGAAAAACGAUGUUGUCACCCGCCUCGAUACGGUAUCGCCGGAAGGAAAAUUACCCGCCUUUGAAGUGCGCCUCGAAAGUCAAGACUAAUCCUUUUAUGUGGCUCGGUUCCAGAUGAAAGCGGUUUUUAUGGGCAUGAAACGCAGGCUCACGGAAUAUGCCUUGAAAUUUGCCUGCCACAUCUCUGAAAAUUGGUUAUAUUUUGACGAAAGGUAACCAGAUGCCAGCUUAGUGGAAGGCGUGAAAAAGCGGGCGCCUGUUCCCUUUUGCGGAGCAAAGGUAGGUUUUUCUCUGCGGAUUUGUAUUUGUUGGGGCUUACAGGAGAAACCAUUUGUGAAUCAAUGUGCUUUUGAGAAAGAGGCGUGGACACGCCUUUCUCGAAGACAAUGAGCCGUGAGCUACCGGCAGCUUGUUCAAAGGCACAAAGUGGCAGCUUGUUCGUUCACGAUGUGUUCGCUUUCUAAGGAGUAGUGCCAAGCUGGUGGAAGGCGAGAUUCAAAAGAAGCGGCGCUGUGUCUCAGCUGCUGCCAUUGGUGUCAAAGAACGGGACAAUCAGGUAUACCCCUCGGCAGCGUUUUGCGAAGAAGUGCUGAUUAUGUUGAAACCUUGCAAAUGGAAAAGUGCGUUUGCGUAGCAAUCAUUUGGUGUGCCGUCGUUUAUGUGCCGGAGCGGUCGAAGUUGCUGGAGUUUGUGCCACCGCGAAUGGGCAGAUACCUCCGGAAAGUUGUAUGAUACGUCGGUGGUUCCCAAGUCUCAACACCGGAUUCCAGUUACGUGAUUCUUCGUGACAACAGGUCAAUUGUCUACUGAACGAUCUACAUAUUGACUAAGCGCAGCGUCACGAAGAAUCGAUAAAACACGGUCGAAAUUAUAGCGUAUAUUCCUUUGACAGCCUGCUCGGCAAUAUUGCGGUUCUUCACUUUUCAUCACGGUGGGCUGUUUGCUAACAUGUGUUUUUAGCCAUAGAUGACUGCGUCACCUGAUAACAAAUACGUGCAGUUAUUUGCGUUGUUGCAUCGAACACCGCGCGCGCGACGGAAUUACACAUGAUCACCUUUUUGCACUUUGAACUGUAGAAGAAGGUUUCGGAUCCCCAGAAGUGCGGAUGUUCGCAUAUCCCGUGGUUCCCAAAUGUAGACUGUCUUCGCUUUCUUCCCGAAGAAAGCCGUUUGAACUGUUGUACGUAUCUUUUACCGAAGGUGACGUACAGGGAGUCUGAAAAUCACCAUGUACGAUUUUCGUGAAAGACUGCAAUUGAGGAUAUCGCCUACCCUUAGGUGGUAUUCAGUGCGGAUUUGAUAUAUCUGCAUCAUUUCACUUGCAAAAACUUUACCAUCUACAUCGACAGAACAUAUGUCGUGCAGAACAUGAAGUCCUCAGGAUUGGCAGUUCAUAGAUGGAGAGCUGAUAAACGUUUUAGCAUUGCGUGACUGACAUGGAUCGAACCUGCC